AUGAGUUCGUUUUUGAUAAACUCCAACUACAUCGAACCCAAGUUCCCUCCUUGCGAAGAAUACUCGCAGCUCGGCGGCGGCGGCGAGAACAACUACCACCCUCCCCACUCCCACCAACACCCCCAUCCCCAUCAUCCCCAGCAACAGCAAAAACUGCAGCAGCUGCACCUGCGCCAGCCUCUUCCCGAUUUCUACCAGCGGCCAAGCAGGGAACCGGGAUACCAGCCGCCGCAGACCCCCGAGGCUCGGUAUCUCACGCAGCCCCCGCACUACCCUGACUCCCCCUACGACUACAACAGCCUCACUGCCACUCAAGGGCAGGAGCACCCAGCUCCCGGAGCCUCGCCACCCCUGUCAGCGCCGCCGCUGCCGCCGGCUUCAUCAGCUCCUGCCACGAAGGGCCAUCAAGUGGCCUCCCAACCCUUGCUCCAAGGCCACGGCCCGCAGCCUCAGUCCCAGCAGCGUCCUUGCGAAGCAGCUCUGGGAACAGCUUCCGUGGGUAGUCCUGGCUGCUCCCGUUUGCCCGAAAAAAGCGCGCCAGGCCUCAAAGAGGAGGCAGCACCGGUAGUCUACCCCUGGAUGAAGAAGAUCCACGUGAACACGGUCAGCCCCAGCUACAAUGGAGGGGAGCCCAAAAGAUCUCGGACUGCCUAUACAAGACAACAAGUCCUGGAGCUGGAGAAGGAGUUCCAUUUUAACCGUUACCUGACCAGGAGGCGACGCAUUGAGAUAGCGCACACACUCUGCCUGUCUGAGCGGCAGGUCAAGAUCUGGUUUCAGAACAGGCGGAUGAAGUGGAAGAAGGAUCACAAAUUACCCAACACCAAGAUGCGCUCCUCCAACAAUUCUGGUCUCCACCAACCAGCCAAACCUCCAGCCCAGCAUCACCCACCAACUCCCAGAAGCAGGGCCACUUUAAACUCAGCCUCACUAUGAUGGUCAGACUCUUGCGGGAAAGAGACACUGCUAUCUCCAACACUUCUCCAAUUCUUGCCUCUUUUUCCUUUGGCCUGGGACCAAGCAAUUGCAUUGAGGGGUAGAAACAGCAGAAUAAAAAUCUGUGUUGAUAAAAACCAAAAAGUAAAUAAGCUUUGGACAGUAUUCCUCCUUUGUAAAUAUGUCCUCAUCUUGCCCUCCAUGAUCUUUUCUUUUUUUAAAUUUAUGGGAGUUUUGGAUGGACCAAAUGUUUAAAAAACACUAUUUGUAUAAAUGCUUUGAGGCAACAUAGUAUUGAUAAGUGACUUUGUGUGUAAAUCCUAGGCUUGUGUUAUUCUGUGAAAUGUUUGUUCCUGCACCCUUGGAAGAAACAGAAGUAAACUGGUCUGAUUUCA